UUUAGCUCCAUAUCACAGACUGACGUUUCCAUCUCUGUAGUUUAAUCGCGAAGAUAAAAUGAAUAAAAGUGAAAGUGAAAAUGACAAGACCUAAGACAAGAGUAACAUCUGCUUCAAGACAUGCCAAACUCCUCUGAUGUGAUGAUAGCUUCUGCAGUUUAUCAGCAGCAGCAAUGUGCAGUUUCAAAAUUCCUGAAAAUCAAGCAAAUGGUGUUUGGGGUUUUGGAAAUAUUGACGGCUUUAGUGGGACUCGGUUUUACAAGCUGGCAAAUCUUUUGGUUCCUUUCCUUGUCAUCAGUCUUUUUUAUUUUAACUGGAGUUGUAACAGUCUCGGCUGCAUGCAUACGUAAACCGUGUCUGGUCAAAUUCGCACAAAUUCUCAACUAUAUAAACAUUGCAGCAGCUGCUACCUCCCUCCGCAUUAACUUUAUAUUACGUUGGGGUGUGAGUUUUGUUGUCCUUGUGGUCUGCGAUGUUCUGGUCAUAAUCUUCUCUAUUAUCAUUGCCUCAUCAUCUUGUUCCUGCUGCUGCAGGCCAAAGCCAAGAAGUACCAUGGUCAGUUACAUGAACACAAAUUUGCCUGUUAACAAUAUUGUGUUUGUGGGCCAACUGGACCCCUCUGCAUUGCCACAACCUGGUAGUUCAGUCCUGUACAUGAUGCCAGCAAACUACGGACCCGUCCCGACUGCACCUCCAGCAAACUUCAAUCAACUCCCAACGUCACCUCCACCAGCCUACGAGGCCUGUGUGCUCUCCACCCCAGAGACGAGGACUAGAAGAUGAACUAGAUUUCAGCCGCAAAUCCAUCAACAUGUGAUGUAAGAAGAAAGGUAUAUUUACAAGUGAACACUGAAAUGAGAUGGCAAAGAGCCUGUGGGUGGUGAAGUUUUAUGCGUACACAUUUUAUAGGUUAAAGGCAAAUGGAACACAAACCAGUGCUACUUUUUGUAUUAUUUUCUUGGUUAUACAUUUAUGAACAAUUUUUUUUACACCAUUUAUUAAUACUAAUUCUGUGAUUGUUGUGUGUUAUUAAAUACAUUUUGUGAUAACACACAACAAUCACAAGACUGUGAGAGACACUGUUGACUUAGUCUCUUCAAUGACAUGCACUGUAUAAAGCUCUGUAAAGCUUCUAGAUCACUUUGAAUUUCCCACAACUUGUGUUUUCUGGCGGGGUUUUUUAUCUACUGAAAGUUUUUGGAAAGAUGUUUCUUUUUUUACCUAAAACACUUUAAAAAACAGUACAACCUAUUGAAAGUCUGUAAUUCUAUCCCUUACAGCCUCUUUUGUUAUUCCUGUCAAAAAUGGCACUAAAAAGAUGGCACUACUCUGAGUAAGAUCCAUUGUUUUCCGGUUAUUAUUGGUUUUUAUAGUAAUGUUUUUGCCUCAUUAGCAGAGAUCUCUUGGUCUUGGGGUUUCAAAAUGUAAUUUCUUGGUCUGGAUGUAGGUCUGAGCUUAUGGUCUCAGACAAGACCGAAAUGUAUUUCCUAUGUACUAAAGGGUAUUAUUUUCUCAACCACUAGUCCGCACAUCUUUUGCAGUGAUUACAUUUGUUGACAGUAAAUAUUCAUGUAAAAUCCCAUCAAAUAUUAUUCAGCAUGUGCUUUUAAAUUGGCAUUUAUUCAUCUGGCUGACAUUUUUAUCCAAAGUGACUUACAAAAGAGGAAUAAAACAACAUAAGCGAUUCAUCUAAAGGAAACGGUAGUACGAAAAGUAGUACAUGCUGCAUUACAAAGUUUCAGUUGCAUCAGAAAAAUACUAUCCAAGAUAGAUAGUAUUCAGAGGAUUGUAUAUCCAAGAGAUAUAUACUGUAUAUGAGUGUAUAGUCAAGUGCUCAUGGAAAAUAUGUGUCUUCAGCCGUUUUAAAGACUUUUAGUGAAAAGACCAACAUUUGAAGAGUUAUCUCUUAAACAAAGGGUUUGCACAACCAAGGUAUUGAUGUAUUAAGCAUAUUAAUCUCUAUUAAGGACAAUUAACUCUUGAAAACAGGGUGAUUGGAUUCAUGUUUUGUUUGACGACAGAUGGGACAAAAGUUACACUUUCUGAUGAAUAUACAUAUGUAACCUUGCAUGUAUAAAAAGCACUGCAUAUCAACAUCAACACACCACCUCAGCUCUGAAACAGAAGAAAAUGUUUUAUGGUUUUAGGAGGCUUUGUUUCUUCUGAGUCUUGAUGGAUUGCAAUCAAUAAAAGACCAAUAGAAUCUGUCUGAAAUCUAAAACGGUUGGGUUCUGCAAUAUGAUAAUGAUCUAUGAUAGAGAUGCUCAAAAGAAAUUCAGAAUUUAGAAUAAAGUCAAGAGUGCUGAUGUAACAGGAGCCAGCUGGUACGUGAAAGAUGUGCAGUGCGUAAACCUCACUCCCUUGGCCUAAAGAGGCGCACUAGCAAAUGACUUUAAAGGCUGUAGCCUUUAGCCUCCUCGUUAGCACAGCCACCUCCCAUGCCGGCGACACCGGUUCAGUCUCGCUUGGAGCAGGUCCAGCAGGACCAGUUACACUCUCAUCUCACUGAAACACUAUGUUAUCUGAAGCAAUCCUAAAAUACAUUAACUAAAACAAACCAGUAUAGAGGAACAGGUCAAAUUACCCCUCAACUACUCUGUACAUUUUGAUCAACUGCUAUAAAACUUAUUUGACAGGGAUAACUCCCAGUAAAGGCAUUAGAAAGUGUUCACAUGUCAUAAAGAUGUGCAACUAUAAAAUGUUGAUUGAAAAGUAAAAUACAAUGGAUUAUGACAUGAAGACCAGAUCACAUUGGAGCCGUUCAUGCAAACAUGGCUCCAAAUGCAAUUGUGCAUUGGUCCACCUUUUUAUUUUAUUUUAUUUUAUUAAGGACAGCAUUUAUGCAAUUGGAGAUUUACAUUCUCUCUCUCCUGCUAAUAAAUAAAGUCUAACAAAUACAAGUAAAGGAAAAGCCAAAGAGUACUUCCAACUUGGUAAGGAUCGACAAAGAAACAACGAACGAA